AUGUCCUUGGCAAGUCCAAUUGAGUACAAGAGAAAGUCGCCAUCCAGAGAUAUCUCGAAAGUUCGCGCACCUCUCCAUCCGGCCUCUCCAGUCCACAGUGCAAACGAACAGCCUUUCAUGCCAUUUCCGAUCGCCGAUACAGGGUACACAGUAAACAAGAAUGUCUCUUAUAUGCAAGCGUCGAUAACCUUUCCAGAGGGAAUGCUCCGCCCUCCUGCAGACUGUCGAAAUCAGCUCAGAGUCUCCAUCGAGGAUACCUCAAUCAUCACACCCAAACCCUCUGAAGACUAUACAAGUAGAUCUGCCGUUGCAUCUCCGACGUCUCUCUCCUCAAAAGCCCCUUCGUUCAUUCGACCGAUUUCUUCAUUCUUGACCAAAAGUAGUGAAGCUGUUACGGAACUAAAUUGGCAUUUGAAAACGAAUGGCGAUUACUACCCACCGACCAGCUCAACGACACAGUCCAGGGAAAGCUCGAUCCUGUCCUCUUCUUCAAGACACCCCGAUUCGUCCAUGUGGAAGUCGCCAUCCUGGACCAAGGUUUUCAAUGGCUAUGUCUCACCUCGUAAUACCUCUCGUCUCUUCCAACCGCUGAAGAGGAAGAAGUCCAAGGCCACGUCGUUAAAUGAAGACUACGUCUAUACACGUCGAAGACGGAAGACAGUCACUCAACAGGAAACAGUUGCCCAAAGAGAAGCGCGUGCAUACAGUACCCCUCGCGUCCCAAGGCAAGGUUCAUUGUCACGCGACCAGGGUGCAACCUCAUGUAGCCCAGAGGAAAAGGUGAGUAUCACCCUUCCUUCGAGUAAGAUCGUCUUCUCGGUGGCUGUUAGUUACACCGUCUUGUUCUACAUUCUACCGCCAACGUAUAUCAUUAGCGUUGGUGGAGGAGGGAUGCUGGUGGUUCUGGCUAUUCUUCUACUUGCUCUCGCUUGCCUAUGCUGGGUGACUUUUGAAGAGGUCUCUGUAGACUCGUCCGACUCGUCUCGGGUUUGA